GCCUGCGGCCCAGCAGAGCCGCGAGUCGUCGUAGUGGCCGAGGUAAGCAGAGAGGCGGCGGCGACGCGGCGGCGACAUGGCCAUCGUCUCAGAGGAUGACUUUCAUCAAAGCUCCAACUCCACCUACAGAACUGCAAGCAGCUCUCUCCGAGCUGACCAAGAAGCACUGCUUGAGAAGCUGCUGGACCACCCGCCGCCCGGCCUCCAGAGGCCCAAGGACCGCUUCAGUGGUACCUACAUCAUCUUCUUCAGCUUGGGCAUCGGUGGCCUGCUGCCAUGGAACUUCUUUGUCACGGCCCAGGAGUACUGGAUAUUCAAACUCAGCAACUGUUCCAGCCCAGCCACACUGGAGGAGUCUAAGGGCUCGGACAUCCUGAACUACUUUGAGAGCUACCUGGCCGUUGCCUCCACCGUACCCUCCGUGCUGUGCCUCCUGGUGAAUUUCCUGCUUGUCAACAGGGUUCCGAUUCAUGUCCGCGUGCUGGCCUCGCUGACUGUCAUGCUGGCCAUCUUCGUGGUGAUGACCGUGCUGGUGAAGGUGGACACCUCCUCCUGGACUCACAGCUUCUUCGCCGUCACUAUCGUCUGCAUGGCGAUCCUCAGCGGCACCUCCACCAUCUUCAAUAGCAGCGUCUUCGGCAUGACUGGUUCCUUCCCCAUGAGGAAUUCCCAGGCACUGAUAUCAGGAGGAGCCAUGGGGGGCACCCUCAGUGCUGUGGCCUCGCUGGUGGACCUGGCGGGGGCCAGUGACGUGACGGACAGCACCCUGGCCUUCUUCCUGACGGCGGACGUCUUCCUGGCGCUCUGCAUCGGGCUCUACCUGCUGCUGCCGCGGCUGGACUACGCCAGGUACUAUAUGAGGCCCGUCUGGCCGGCUGUGUUUUCUGGUGAAGAGCAGCUGCCCCAGGACUCCCCCAAUCCCCCUUUGGUGGCCCCUGGAUCCAGCGACUCCCAGACACCACCCCUCCGCCCCAUCUUGAAGAAGACUGCCGGCCUGGGCUUCUGCAUCAUCUACCUCCUCUUCAUCACCAGCCUCGUCUUCCCCGCCAUCCUCAGCAACAUCGAGUCCCUCAGCAAGGGCUCGGGCUCGCCGUGGAGCACCAAGUUCUUUGUCCCCCUCACCGCCUUCCUCCUGUACAACUUUGCUGACCUGUGCGGCCGGCAGAUCACAGCCUGGAUCCAGGUGCCAGGGCCCAGGAGCAAGGUGCUCCCCGGGCUUGUGCUCCUCCGGACCUGUCUCGUCCCCCUCUUUGUGUUCUGCAACUACCAGCCCCGCCUCCACCUGCACACGGUGGUCUUCCAGUCUGACGUGUACCCGGUGCUCUUCACCUCUCUGCUGGGGCUCAGCAACGGCUACCUCAGCACCCUAGCUCUCAUCUAUGGGCCCAAGAUCGUGCCCCGGGAGCUGGCCGAGGCCACUGGGGUGGUGAUGUCCUUUUACAUGUGCCUGGGCCUGGUGCUUGGCUCGGCGUGCUCUGCCCUGCUCGUGCACCUCAUCUAGGAGGGGCGAUGGCUAGACCUCGGUGCUGUGCGAUGCCUGGGAGCCUCAGCAAGAUGGGCAGGAAGUGCCAGGAGGGCCCAGGCAGCGAGCAGGAAGGGCUGGGGUUGGGCUCUGCAGAGCACAGAUCACACCCGGGCCUCGUUGCUGCCAGGGAGCUGGGACCAGUGCUGUCGCCGGGACCAGGUAGACAUUCCAGAUACUUUGACAGAUGUCCUGAGACGUUUUGAGGACCAAAGACACCUGAAUAAGACACAGUUACAAGUUACACAGAAAGCUCCUGGCCGAUGGGUGCUUUCUGCCUGUUGUUAUUCCCUCUUGGGGAAGGUGUUGCCAGUGUUCAGCUCUUGAGUUGUUACAGGGUGAGUGCCAAGACCGUCUACAGGCCCUUUGCCUUCUCCCAGCCUUGCUCCUUCCAGCUGAUGGCAAGAUGCGAGACUCCUUAGCCCUCCCUACCCGGAGGAGGUCCCCCUGGUGUGGCCAGCCCUCAGGCCUAAGACCCAAGCCUGUGCAGACCUCCACUUUCCACCAACCAGACUGGGAACCCCGGGAAGACAGGCCUUCCAGGAGCCCUUCCUUCCCUGGACAUGGGCUCCAGAGGGCCUCCCUGCUGUACCCAGGACCAAGCAUGUCAGGCCUGGAUUUCAAACAGGGAUGCUUAAAGUGGUCUAUGGCCUGGGUCAGGGCAGGGUUUAGUGUCCAUGUUUACAGUAUGUCAAGGCCAUUGGUUCAAGGGCCUAAUAAAUACCUGGGUAUUUAAUGAAAGCCUUAUUGGUGGCUGUUUUAGGGUCUUGGCAGGAAACAGCAUACUCAAAUUGAGUAAUUUAAGGAUAUUUGAAGAGUGGGUGUAGUAACCCUAAGGGGUUAUGCAUUAUAUCCCAGAAGUACUGGGCUGGCCAAAAAGUGCUUUCGGGUUUCUCCGUAAGACGUUGGCCAACCCAAUAGUAAGGCUGCUCUACCCCAGGCCUGAAGGGAGGGACAUGUCCAGCCUGCUGUGACCCACAGGAGGCGUGUUCCCUCCUCCCGUCCAUCUCCUCUGCGCCCCUGUGGACUGAGUCACAGCCAAGGAGCAGGCGGAAGAUGGAGACUGGACUGGAGGGGCAGAGGGUGUCCAGAGGGGGCCAGUAGCCCCUUCACCUUCCUAGGUUGGUUUAUUAUGAACAUCAGCUGAGCUCUGAAGCUUUAGUCAACAGAAUUAGGUGUUGCUUUGUCCUGUUUUUUUCUGGACACAGUCGUAUAUUUUGUAGCUGUUGUUUCAAAAGGCAACCCCUCAGGUUCUGAGGCCUGCACACACUUGUGAUUGCCUGACAUGAGUAGUAAUUUAUAUUUUUUCAGGUUCCUUGAAGGCUCCCGCAAGGCUGUUCCUUGGGGGAGCAGGCUGACAUGGGAAUCCGAGAGAGGAAGGAACUAGAUCAGACCAGGAGUUUUCUCAAGAGCUGUGCGGGAAGCACAGAGCUUGCCCCGAGAAGUGGCAAAACGCUGAGAGCCGUGAAUCAACCGCUCCUGCUCUGAAGCGCGCCGGAUCCGAGAUGUCCCGUGGACAGCUGAUAGAGCUGGAAGCAGCCGGUAAUCCACCCAGUGUCAGCAGUUGAUGCUCCCCACCGACUCGGCUGGUACACGCUCCCUCUCUUUGGCCAGAGAAUUGAAAAGGACACCCUUGAAAGGUUUUCUGAAACUUGAUACUUGGGAAAAAAAUUUUAUUUUAAAAAUAAAUUCUCCCCUCCCCUUGCAGGAAGUUGAAAUCUCCCCCUUGGUUUUUUUCCACUGACUUCAAUGCUGUUGAUCACUUGGGGCGUCUGUCUGGGAGGUGAGGUGACGCAUCUCAACCUCAGGUAUCUUAUCAAUGGGGAGCAUGUCUGUUUUAAGGUACAACAGCGGUCUGAGCUCAGGGGUAGGGACCGCCCUGGAGCUAACAGAGGAGGAGGGCUGGGGGCCUCGCAUGCUCUGUUGAAGGGGGGUAGCUUUCCCGUUAGUGAGUUGAUUUGGAAUCAGCAUGGAGUGAAUGGGGAAGAGGGUGGCCAGCGUGAUGAUGCAGCGUUGAGGGGAGCUGAGGAGAUGACGGGCUCGCAGUGCCAGCUGUGCUGCCGCGGCCGCUGCCGGAAGAGGGGCCGGCUGCUUGGCUGGUGGGAGGGUUAUCCGGGCUUUUGCCCACUUUUCUUUGUUGCUCACUUUAGUGGGCAUUUUGCAAAGGAUCAUUCCUUCUCAGGGAGGAAGGUAAAUAAAAAUACAUCUCCAAGUAGAGGGGCAGACAGUGGAGUUCAGUCACCCUUGUCGCCCAUUUAUUGUAAUAGCAGCUCAUGGGGCUUGUCUGCUCUGGGUCUCAAGUCUCAUGUGACCCCAGGAAGCUUGUGGAACUAGCUCACGUGUUUUGGGGCGUGAACAAAACUUGCUAAAGAGAAGGGGAUUUUUCAGUGAAAGAGGUGGAGGAGAAUCCCUGAGAGGUUGCCUUUGUCUGGUAGUACUCUGAUUUAAUCCCAAGUGGCAGCUUUAGUGCAUGCCCUUGUGUAUUUCCAUGCCAUACACGUCUUCAUUUUCCUCCUUUCAUUCAACAAAGACAGCUAGAGGCAGCCAAUUGACUCUUUAACUAGUGGGUUCCUACAUGCAUGGGGACACGAGGAGGCUUGAGCCAGGUGUGGGUAUUAUUAGCAAAGCCCAUUCAUUUUGCUGUCUUCAGCCCAGUGCUCCUGAGAACACCCGGGACCCUCUAAUCAGCUUUGACGUUAUGUGAGGGGGGGGUUACUGCAGGGUCCUGGCUUCUGAGACCAUGGCAUGCUUUACUACAGAACUUCAGAUAGAAGAGAGAAAGCCAGAAGUCAGUUGAAAGAUUUUAUUCUACUGGAGGUUAAAUUUAAAGCCCAUGCUCAUCUUUUUUUUUUAAUUGAAUUAUAGUUGAUUUACAAUGUGUUAAUUACUGCUGUAUAGCAAAGUGAUUCUGUUAUACAUAUAUAUAUAUUCAUUUUUUAUAUUCUUUUCUAUUAUGGUUUAUCAUAGAAUAUUGAAUAUAGUUCUCUGUGCUAGACAGUAGGACCUUGUUGUUUAUCCAUUCUAGAUAUAAAAGCUUACAUCUGCUCACCCCAACCUCCCGCUCCAUCCCUCCCCCAACUGCUUCCCCUUGGCAACCACCAGUCUAUUCUCAAGGUCCAUGGUUCUGUUUCUGUUUCAUAGAUAGGUUCAUUUUUUUGUUUGUUUGUUUUUGUUUUUUGCGGUACGUGGGCCUCUCACCA